AUGGAUCUACGCUACUUUGCUAUAACAAACGAGAAACAUAUCGUUUGGCAUCGGUCGUUCGCAAAACGUAGCUUUGAGGAUGUGGUACUUAAAUAUCUAUUAUGUAAUCCUCCAGAUCAAGAUAUAUACUACAGCGAAGGGGAUUUCUCUCUUCACUGCCUGACCGUUUCGGGACUUUCCUUUAUCGCAGUAACCGAUCGAAAUGCUUCUCGACAAAAAUUCCGGAACUUGGUUGUAGAGGUUUCUCGCAAUUUUUUAAGCGAUGGUACAAGAUUUCAAAGGGCUAAAAGUGGUGGUAAAGAUUGUUUACAACAGUCUUAUAAUCUAAACUUGGAAGAUUUGAUGGAAUCACCCAACUCUUCUAAGGGAAAUGAUUCGUUGGACCAGUUACGUAAUAAUGUGAAUACUGUAACAGCUGUAAUGCAAGAGAAUACUAGACUAGCGCUUCAACGAGGUGACCGGUUAAACAAUUUGGUCAGUAAAACAGAUGAACUUGCAGCCAGCGCUAAUCAAUUCCAAACAACCGCUACAAAGGUGGCCCGAAAAACUUGGUGGGAAAAUUUUCGUAUGAAAUUAAUUAUUGUUGGCGUUGUCGGUGGCAUACUUCUGAAAAAUCAUAUUUGUCGUGUAAUGUAUACCAACAAAAUUGAAUUCUAA